UGUUCAGUGAUGAGUCAUGUGACGGUGGAAAAUGCGCUUGGGUUGGACCAGCAGUUUGCUGGUCUAGACCUGAACAACUCAGAUAAUCAGAAUGGAGGAGGAAGUAAAGCAAAAGGGCGCUAUAUACCUCCUCACUUACGGAACAGAGAAGCCUCAAAGGGAUCCUGUGAUAAAGAUAGUUCAGGGUGGAGUUGUAGUAAAGAUAAGGAUGCCUACAGCAGUUUUGGGUCUCGUGAUUCAAGAGGAAAGUCCAGUUACUUCAGUGAUCGUGGAAGUGGAUCAAGAAGAAGGUUUGAUGAUCGUGGAAGGAGUGACUGUGAUGGCAUUGGCAAUCAUGGUGACAGGAUGGGCUUUGGCAGAUUUGAAUGUGGUGGAUAUAGUCGCUGGUGUGAUAAAUCAGAUGAAGAUGACUGGUCAAAAGCGCUUCCACCAAGUGAACGCUUGGAACAGGAACUCUUUUCUGGAGGAAAUACUGGAAUUAACUUUGAGAAAUAUGAUGAUAUACCAGUAGAGGCAACUGGCAAUAAUUGUCCUCCACAUAUUGAAAAUUUCAGUGAUGUUGAGAUGGGAGAGAUAAUCAUGGGGAACAUAGAGCUUACUCAUUUCACCCAUCCUACUCCAGUACAAAAGCAUGCCAUUCCUAUUAUCAAAGAGAAAAGAGACCUGAUGGCUUGUGCCCAGACUGGGUCUGGAAAAACUGCAGCAUUUCUCUUGCCCAUCUUGAGUCAGAUUUAUACAGAUGGUCCAGGAGAGGCUUUGAAAGCUGUGAAGGAAAAUGGAAGGUAUGGGCGUCGCAAACAAUACCCAAUCUCCUUGAUUUUAGCCCCAACAAGAGAGUUGGCUGUACAGAUCUAUGAGGAAGCCAGAAAAUUUUCCUACCGGUCUAGAGUUCGCCCUUGUGUGGUUUAUGGUGGUGCUGAUAUUGGUCAGCAGAUUCGAGACGUAGAGCGUGGAUGCCACUUGUUAGUGGCUACUCCAGGACGUCUAGUGGAUAUGAUGGAAAGGGGAAAGAUUGGAUUAGACUUCUGCAAAUAUUUAGUGUUGGAUGAAGCUGAUCGGAUGUUAGAUAUGGGGUUUGAACCUCAAAUACGUCGAAUAGUUGAACAAGAUACUAUGCCACCAAAGGGCGUGCGCCAUACCAUGAUGUUUAGUGCUACUUUUCCUAAGGAAAUACAGAUGCUUGCUUGUGAUUUCUUAGAUGAAUAUAUCUUUUUGGCCGUAGGCCGAGUUGGCUCUACCUCUGAAAACAUCACACAGAAAGUAGUUUGGGUGGAAGAAUCAGACAAACGGUCAUUUUUGCUUGAUCUCCUCAAUGCAGCAGGGAAGGAUUCACUGACCUUAGUGUUUGUUGAGACCAAAAAGGGUGCAGAUUCUCUGGAGGAUUUCUUAUACCAUGAAGGAUACGCUUGUACCAGCAUCCAUGGAGACCGAUCACAGAGAGAUAGAGAGGAAGCCCUUCACCAGUUCCGCUCAGGAAAAAGCCGAAUUCUAGUGGCUACUGCCGUAGCAGCAAGGGGACUGGACAUUUCAAAUGUGAAACAUGUUAUCAAUUUUGAUUUGCCAAGUGAUAUCGAAGAAUAUGUACAUCGCAUUGGCCGUACAGGACGUGUAGGAAACCUUGGCCUUGCCACUUCAUUUUUUAAUGAAAGAAAUAUAAACAUCACCAAGGAUUUAUUGGAUCUUCUUGUUGAAGCUAAACAAGAAGUGCCUUCUUGGUUAGAAAAUAUGGCUUAUGAACACCACUACAAGAGUAGCAGCCGUGGACGUUCUAAGAGUAGAUUCAGUGGAGGAUUUGGUUCCAGAGACUAUCGACAAAGUAGCAGUUCCAGCAGUUCUAGCUUUGGUAGUAGUUGGGCAAGCAGCAGCCGCAGUGGUGGAGGUGGUCAUGGAAACAGCAGAGGAUAUAGUGGAGGUGCCUAUGGAGGCUUCUACAAUAGUGAUGGCUAUGGAGGAAAUUAUAACUCCCAGGGGGUUGACUGGUGGGGCAGCUAA